UGGGCCAAGGUAUAAAUAGGGGUGGUGGCUGCAGCCGGCAGUGAGCCCAGCCCGGCACCACCAUGCUCACCCUAGAGGCUGCACAGCUCGACGGGCCACACUACAGCUGUCUGUACCCAGAUGGAGUCUUCUACGAUCUGGACAGCUGCAAGCACUCCAGCUACCCAGACUCAGAGGGGGCUCCUGACCUGUGGAGCUAUGGCCUCAGUCCGGCUGUCCCAGCUGCCUCCUAUGAACCAUUUGACCCGGCCGUGGCCACCUUUGGCCACCCCCAGGGUGUCCAGCUCUGUUACGGACCCUCAAGCUACAGCCCUGUGGGGAGCCUGGACCCGGCUCCCAGCCUGGAGGUCCCAGGACCCGGCUUCCCAGCGUACCCCACCGAGGACUUCGCCAGCCAGACCCUGGGCCCCCCGGCGGCGUACGCCCCGUACCCCAGCCCCGUGCUGUCAGAGGAGGAGGACCUCCUGCUGGACAGUCCUGCCCUGGAGGUCUCGGACAGCGAGUCGGAUGAGGCCCUCGUGGCUGGCUCAGAGGGGAGGGGAUCCGAGGCAGGGGCCCGCAAGAAGCUGCGCCUGUACCAGUUCCUGCUGGGGCUGCUGACGCGCGGAGACAUGCGGGAGUGCGUGUGGUGGGUGGAGCCGGGCGCCGGCGUCUUCCAGUUCUCCUCCAAGCACAAGGAGCUCCUGGCGCGCCGCUGGGGCCAGCAGAAGGGCAACCGCAAGCGCAUGACCUACCAGAAGCUGGCGCGCGCCCUGCGCAACUACGCCAAGACCGGCGAGAUCCGCAAGGUCAAGCGCAAGCUCACCUACCAGUUUGACAGUGCGCUGCUGCCCGCCGCCCGCCGGGCCUGAGCCCAGGGCGGUCUCUCGGGGGGGCUCGCAGGGGCCCCCACGCCUGUGUCACGUGGGCGUCCCCACACCCUAGGUCAUAGGACCCACGGAUCCCCCACACUGGUGGCGGGGGCGGGGCGCUACCACAGUCCCUAAGCCCUGCCCGGGGCCCCUCUGGGACCUCCCCACUCGUGUCUGGGGCCCCGAGAGCUUCACGUCGUGGGGCAGAGGACCCAUAGACGACUAUACUGUGUGUCUGCGUGGAGGGGCGGGGCAGGGCAGGGCUUCCAGAAAACCUAGAGCCUCUCUGGGAUCCCUUGUGAUGCCUGCGAUCCCUCAGUUUCAUCUAGGGGAGCGUCAGCCCACAGAGCAUCACAUCAAGAGGGGGGGGCUCUGCCGGCAACCCUAAGCCCUGUCCAGGGUCUCUCUGGGAUUCCCUUCUCAUGUCUGAGCCCCUCCUGGCAGAUCUGAGAUCUUCUAGUUAUGUCUGGGUCCCUCUGGGAACCCUUUACAUGCUUCCAUGUCCAUCUGUGACUCUCCGUUUUGUCUGUCCCCCCCAAAUCCCUUUGUCAUCUUUGAGAUCCUCUAAUUCUCUGGAACCACCCUGCUACCACUUUUUUACGUCCGGAAUUCUCCAAUCAAAUCUAGGGUGCCUCUGGAAUCUUUUUGUGACGUCUGAAAACACCCUUCUCAGGUCUGGGGGGGUGGGAACCUCAGUGAACCUUGUCAUGUGUGGGCCACCUCUAGGAUGCCCUUGUUUGUCUGGGACCCUCCAAUCACAUGCUGAACCCCUCUGGAGUCCCCUUUGGAUAUGCCCCUUUGGGGACCCCACCAGCAGCCCUGAGUCCUCAUGGGGACCCUCGCUGGAGUGCCCUCCCUAGGGCCGUGAUGGGGAUCGUUCUAGCCCCUCGGUUGAUUUCUGGGUGAUCUUGGCAGUGCUCCCCGUGUCCGUUCUAACCAGAGACUUUGCACAAUCCAGCAACGGUGGGCCAGCUUUUCUGUGCGGAGAGGCUGGAGCAAGGUGGCAGCCACACCUAAUGGGGCACCUUGUUCUCCAAUCUGCCCAAGUCCCCUCCGCCCCUGGCUGUCAUACCCCAGUGGCUUCUCUCGGCUGGACCAACCAUUUGCGUGUGAACCCAGCCUGAAGCCUGGAUGAACUGUGGGAGGUGUGAUGGAACCCACGGGGGGUGUCGGAGGCUGUGGACGUAAGAAGCCAGGGUCCUUGAGCCUGGGUGGCUGGGGGCUGGGGGUCUAGGGUGAAAGAUUAGCUGCUUCUGGGCCAGUUUGUCCCUUCUGUGAAAGAGAAGAGGAGGAGGAGGAAGACCUCAGAAGUCCCUUGAAGCCCUGUGAGUCUUUGAAACAUCUGAAAUCCACCCACUGAUGGCCAGAAGGAAGAAGAGGAAGGAGCACCAAGGACCCAGAGAGGACGGGGUCCCGGUGGGGGCACACAGCAGCUGGUAGCAGAGCACCGCCUGGGACCUGCCCUCAAGAGGAAAGAACCCCUUCCGGGGGGGUGGGGGGGUGCACCUGGCCGGAGGAGGGGCAUGCCAGGGACAAAAGGUCUUCCUGGGGCCUGCUCUUGCACAUGAGGUACCUUUUGCAAAACAUCAUUACCCCAAGUGUGGAAUAAAAUAAAACAAAUCAAGGUAGACACA